AUGGGGAAAGAAUCUCCGGUAACAACAACUGCAGUCGACGACAAGAUUGGGGAUGCGGCCCCCACCCUCGACGUCCAGGCCGCUGCUGAAGACUUGGGCCUCGACGUCGGUCACGUCAAGGAGAUCAAGGGAGCGGAUGGCGCCUACAGCUAUGCCAGCGCUGUCGCCGUGGAGAUCGAUGACAAGACAAACAAGCACCUGGUCCGGAAAAUUGACUGGCAUGUCCUGCCAUGGCUGUGCGGACUCUAUGUUCUGCAGUAUCUGGACAAGGGAGUCCUCUCUUAUGCCGGUGUCAUGGGUCUCCAGAAGGAGACAAACCUGACCUCCAGUCAGUAUACGUGGCUGGGCUCAAUCUACUAUGCUGGCUACAUCGUCUUCGCUCCCGUUCACAACCGCCUGUUCCAAGUCUUCCCGCCGUCAAAGUACAUUGCAUGUUGUGUCAUGGCAUGGGGUGUCGUUCUGACGUGCAUGGCUGCCUGCCAUAACUUCGCCGGCCUUAUGGUCCAACGAACAAUCCUCGGAGCUCUCGAGGCUUCGAUCAACUGCGGGUUCUCCCUCAUCACGGCCGCGUGGUAUCGCAAGUACGAGCACGGCAGCAGGACUGGUAUUUGGUCGGGCUGUACCGGUGUCGCUACCAUGAUUGGCGGAUUGAUUGCGUUUGGAUGUGUGGAUGGAGAGACAAGACAUCCCGAUGCCAACUUCUCAAGCUGGAAGAUCCUGGCUGUCGUGACUGGCAUUGUCUCUGUUGUCUACGGAGUCUGCAUGUACGUCUUCAUGGCCACCAGCGUCGUGACGGCCAAGUUCUUCACUGAAGAGGAGCGGACUCUGGCUGUGGAGCGGCUGCGAGAGAACCAUCAGGGUGUUGGCUCGACGCAAUACAAACGCUACCAAGCCGUCGAGGCUUUGACCGACUACAGGACAUGGAUGUACGUCGUCUUUGUUCUCUCGUCCCAGAUCCCUGCCGCCGGUCUCGUGCUCCUCCAGUCCAUCAUCAUCAAGUCCCUCGGCUUCACAGUCAAGGAGACUCUCCUCCUCAACAUCCCACAGGGCGCCAUCAGCGUCAUCUGCAACAUGGGAUUUGGCAUGCUCGCCGACGUGACACACCAGCGCAGUGGCGCCGCCAUUCUAGCCGGCCUCUUCUCCCUCUUCGGUGCCAGCCUGUUCAUCGGUCUGGGGGACCACGGCCACUUUUACCGCAAGAACGGCCAACUGGUCGCCUAUUUUUUCAUGAGCGGCAGUUGCUCUACCAGCUGGUUCAUUGUCAUUUCUAUGCUGUCGAGCAACGUGCUCGGCACCACCAAGAAGACGACUCUCAACUCCAUCGUCUUCCUAAUUCUCGGCGUCGCAUACCUCGUUGGGCCUCAGACGUUCCGCGACCCACCCUUCUACCAGCAUGCCAAGAUCAGUCUGCUCGUCCUCUGGAUUGUCAGCGUGCUCAUCCUAUGCGGCUUCUUUGUGCUGAACACCUGGGAGAACAAGCGGCGGCAGAGGAUGCUCGAGCGUGGUGAGAUCUCUGACGGCCAUGGCACCAACGUCGAGUUCUUGGACUUGACGGACAAGGAGAAUAAGCUAUUCCGUUAUGUCAUUUAG